AUGUCUCUACUAUUGAAUUCUUCUUCGUUGUUGAAAAAAAGUAUAAUAGGAAAUUUAGGAAAUAAAAUAUUAAUAAUAAGAACUUAUCAAGACAAAGUUAAAAGACAAAAAACAGUACCACUACCUCGAGGUUCAAUUGACACACCUCAAAGAUUUUUAGAAAAAAUUGGUCGAGGAUGUGAAGACGUUGCUGAUAAAUUUCGAGUAAGGAAAAAUUUUUAA